CUUGUUCCUGGAUUGUGCGAUGGCGUUUUCCUAGGGGUGCAAGCCCUUGCAGGAUUCCCUUCCAUCUUCACCUUGGAGCACACUGCUCAGCUGGCCUUCCACCAUGUCAAUGUCUUCCAAGGCGACAGUCGGAAUCAAUCCAUGAUCAUCACCAUCAUGAACAAGCAUGAGGGCAAGAAGACCGAAGAACUCGCCGAGCAGCUGGUUGGCAAGCGCGUGUUCCUCAACUGGCCAUUCCUCCAGGAGGGUCUCUGUGUCGCCGUCUCCGACCAACACUUCAUACACGAGGAGGGUCUCGUGGCCGGCGAGACGCGUAUCGUUACCAAGCCGCAGACAAUGCCCGAUACUUGGCGGAGGAAGGCAGACAAGAUCGAACACAUUUACUCGAAGCGGUUUGCCGUCCUGACAGGCGAUAUUGACGCACUGGUACACGUACGACCUCUGCGCGGCCUCAAACGCUUGGAUACAGGAGCGUUUGUCAAGGACUACGAAGAUGCCGAUAAAGAGAUCGAGCAGGCCGUGCAGCUCGCGGUGACGGAGGUCUUCUCUGAAGACCAACGUUUCCUGGAGAAGGAAGCACCGCCACUCUCUGAAGAGUUCCCUGACGGCAGCAAAGUUAUCUUCCUUGGCGAACAUGCAUAUGGUGUGGCUGCUCAAGUGAGGGAAACAAGCGCGACUAGCCUGACGGUUGUUCUUGCUUUCUUUCCCAACGAAAAGGCGGAAAAUGAUCAAUUCAUUCAGCUAGUCAGGUCUCGGCCACUUGACCGUUAUAUUGAGGCACAUCUGGUAUCUCGGAUGCUUGGCAUAAGCGGACUUGCCUUCGCCAGGAUCACCUCCAGUUUCAUGGUAAUAACGAAAGAAGGACAGAAGACCAAUAUCGGAUUGAGCCUGAAAUUCGAGGCGAAGGGCAUGAAAGUGUUAGGUUACACCCGUAAGGGCCGGGGCCGAAAUUGGGAAUUCAGCGAGAAGGCCAUUCAGCUUAUCCGAGAGUACAAGCAAUUCGCGCCCGAUUUCUUCCAUAGGCUUGAUCAAAGGCGUGAUGAUGUUACCAUGGCACAGGAUCUCUUCCCAAGUGGCGACUCCGAUGCAAGGGUGAAAGAAAUCAGGAAUUGGCUUCAUGAUAAGGGUAUUCCAGACCUGGAACCAACCUCUCUUCUGUCUGAGCAGCUCGAUAAAGAUACUGUAGGGAAGAUCGAGCAGUUAGCCAACAACUUCAGUAGCUCCAAAUCUGCCGACAUGAUCAAGAAGGCGCUGGUCAAGGGCAUCCCGAGGCAAGCGGUUCUCAAGCCGUCACACACCGUAUAUCGUUUGUUACAUCAAACCUUUGCACUAGGGGAUAGAGUCACAAUGGUCCAAGACUCUGGAAGUGUUCCGCUCACUGUGAAGGGAGUUGUAGUCGGUUUGAACACUACUUCGAUCGACGUUGUGUGGGAUGUGCCUUUCAUGUCAGGAACUACCCUCGGUAGCCGUUGCUCGCAAUAUCGUGGUUCUACAGUGUCGUUCAAUUCCUGCCUCAAUCUCAGCCACAAGCAGUACGUCAUGUCGACCAACCCAAUUCCCGUUUCCCCGACCAACAAUAACGCGAACCAUGCCAACGGUCAUGCAAAUGGUAGCACGCAGAACGGCAUGCCUUUCCAUCCGGUCAAUGCCCCCUAUGGCGCCAUUCGCGGGUUCUCAUCCAUGCGACCCCCUCGUGGGGCUAUGCGCGGGGGUCGUGGCCGUGGUGGAGUGGGUAUUAUGCAGAACCCUGCCCGACCCGCUCCUCCUACUCUCAACGGAGGUUAUGAUCAGGCGGUAAAGGGGGAACUGCCUGCUGCGGAACCCGCAGCAGCUGCCCCGUCACAUACGGAUGUGCUUCGAGACAUGCUGAUCGGUGGUUCUGGCGCGCCUCGCGCUCGUGGAAGAGGUCGUGGCUUUCCUGGUCAACACAAUGGACCCGUCAGGGGAAGCGGUCACCAUCCGAAUGGUAGUCAAUCUUCGGCGCGCGGAGCGCCUCCAGUGCACUUGCUGCCGUCGGUUCCCUUCGCACCGCAGUCGCAGCAAGCUCAACCUGCUCCAGCCGUAUUUGUUGAUAGGGGUAGGGGUCGGGGUCGGGGUCGGGGUCGGGGUCGGGGUCGGGAUCGUGGUAGGGGAGGAUUCAGGGGAGGUGCACCCCGUGGACGUGGCGGCCCUGGUCCUGCUAGUCAGGCAGGACCGCAAGUACAGCACGCAUGAUAAUGGUCUUUUAAUGUAGCAUCUGAACUCUGCAUAGGUUUAUUGCAGGCACACUCGUUAUUAUGCACUAUGUGCGAUGUACAAUUAUCUGCAAUGGAUCUU